AUGCCAACUGACCAGCGGGAGCUCGAGUAUCAUCAUCGCCCGGUACAAACACCCGGCGCUGAGGAAAUCCUCCAAGGAAGUGCCUUGCAUCCUGGAAACGACCCAAUCCCCCACUGGUCGACUCUGAGAUUGCUCCAGCCGCCACAGCCCAUAGAUCCUCGUCAAUAUCACGGGUAUAACAAUGCCUGGGGUAUCAAUGUGCUGGCAGACUGUGAACAGCUUAACGCCCCUCAGGCAACAAAUAUCUUUGUCUCUGAUGAUUCGGAAUAUUCCCCUUACUAUUUACCAUCUUCGAGAUUAUCUUUAAUGACCCCCUCUACAACCAUGGACCACCUCAAUUCCCCCGUGAAAUGCGAAGGGGAUGAGCAAUUUGGAGAGCCUCAAGAUCCUUGGGUUGGUCAACAGCACAUUUGUCACCCGGCGAUGAAAUUGGAUCAUUAUUUGAAGAUGGAAGACUCCGCCGGAAAUAUCCAGGCAAUUCCCACCGCUGCGCCAUCACCUGUUUCAACCGUUUCUCAUCAUUCUUAUUCCCAUUCUCAUUCUCAUUCUCAUUCUCCUGGUGCACACUGUACACCAAUGAGCAUCAUGGCUGCUGAUGGUUCCUCUCCGACAACAAGCUUGACUGAGUCCAGCGAGGAAGAUCAUCCUGCAGACCCACCUUACUCACAACUCAUUUACCAAGCCUUGAGCCAGUCGAAAGAUUACAGUCUCCAUCUUCAAGACAUCUAUGCUUGGUUUGAGAAAAACACAUCCAAGGGCAAGGACCAAACCCAAAAAGGAUGGCAGAACAGUAUCCGUCACAAUCUUUCGAUGAACCAAGGCUUCGUGGCCAUCAAGACUGAAGCUCGAAACGGUAAAAGAACCGUGAGCUAUUGGCGUCUUAGCGAGGAGGCUAUCAAAAAGGGUAGGGUGGAAUCUACCACCCGGUACCGCCGACACUCUAAUAAGAGGACCCAGAACACGGAAUCGCCCACCCUUCGCCGUCAGGGGGUAGGGCAGCGGGGUGGAAAAUCAGCAACCGGCAGAGGAAGCAAGUCCAACCAUCACGAGAGAUCGGCGCGGAACCCCGUAGUGUUACAUCACUCCCAGCCAGCCCCUCAGCCUCUAAUGCCAAUGGAUGACGCCUAUCUUCCUCCAUCUGGGAUGUUGCCUUACCAAGAGUCCCUGAUAGCCUCUGGACUACCAACAACUGAAAUUUUUGGUUACGAUAGAGUGAUCGGCUACACAGAUUCCACACAUGGCAACAUCUCGGCUGGGUAUGAUUCUGUGGAUCACUACUCGCGUUGGAAUUCGCAAAUGGAGCACUGGGGUGGACAGUCUCCCGACCCCAAUAGUGGAUCCAUGAACGGGCCAGGGGACCACUUAGGCCUUUAA